GAAAAGUGGGGGGUUUGCUAUAUUGUACUAACCAAAAGAAAAACAUUAUUCGCCGUGUGCCCACCCACCAAGAUGGCUCCAUUUCGGAGCAGUACUCGAUAUUUGACGUGAAGUUAUUUACAUGCGUGUAAUUUCAAUCUUGUUUCGUGAUGAGACACAGGCAUCUCGAAUGCAAUUGAAAGGUAUUCGUUCUAUCGAAUAAACAUAUGAGUGGCAACCUAAGUGCGCGAUAAUUACGAGUUUAACGUGAGUUAUCGGAUUUUACAAGUGCUAUAUUAACGAAAUAGGAGAGUGGACGGCCGGCUGGCGUGCCAGACAGAAUUGAACGAGUACAUAAAUAUAGAAAUAUAUAUCAAUGUAUACAGUGCCAUAAAUGAUUGCUCUAGAGCUUUGUGAAAAAAACUUAACAAGAAUAGAGUCUAAGUUCAAACGUCCUGGUUAACGUUUCAUUAAGAAAAAUUCAAAGGAGACCAACGCACGAUUUGAUAGCAGACAAAAUAAAUCAAAUGCAACAAAUAAUUUUUACACGUCGCUCUCUAAUGAUUGACAAUACAAAUUUUGCAAUAAUGGGAUACGUUGAAGAAGAAUGAAGCGAGGAAAAAUAAAGUAAAGAACAAAGGAAUCUGCCAUUUGGGCAAAAAUGUUGCCAAAGGAGAUUUUUACAAAUUUCUAGAGCGCCAAAUAAAAAGAUUUGUUGAAAAAGUCAAGAGACUUCAGUCUUAUCCCCUUCGCUUCUCAUUGGCGCUCGAUUCUAUCUAAUCAUCGGUGGACUUCCAAGGGCAGCAGAGUGAGAGAGAGAAGAAAACAAAACGCUAAUUCAUUUUCAUGGCUACUGGUACAUAACAUUUCACACCUAAACAAGAUCCUAAUCAUGGCGCGAAAGAGCGAUAAUUUGAAGAGCAUAAAUGUCGCCGUUGUUGGCCUUUCGGGCAUCGAAAAGGACAAGGGUCAGGUCGGUGUCGGGAAAUCUUGUUUAUGUAACAGAUUCAUGAGGUCUCUAUCCGACGACUACAGCGUUGAUCACAUUUCUGUAUUAUCACAGUCGGAUUUCAGUGGUCGUGUGGUGAACAAUGAUCAUUUUUUGUACUGGGGCGAAGUGUUAAAAUUGGCAGAGGAUGGAACAGAGUUUCAAUUUCAAGUGAUAGAGCACACGGAAUUUAUUGACGAUGCGUCAUUCCAGCCAUUCAAAGGUGGAAAAAUGGAGCCAUACGCGAAAAGAUGCGCGUCGACGAAAAUAACGAGCGCCGAAAAAUUAAUGUACAUUUGCAAAAAUCAAUUGGGUAUUGAGAAGGAAUACGAGCAAAAAGUAUUGCCCGAUGGUAAACUAAACAUCGAUGGUUUUUUGUGCGUCUUCGAUGUGAGUGUCGUGCCGAAUCGUACGAUAGAGAAACAAGUUGAAAUCGUAGCGAAUAUCCUUAAUAAUUUGGUCAAAACGAAAAAGCCGGUUGUUCUUGUUACGACGAAGAACGACGACGCGAACGAGCAAUACGUCAAAGAGGCUGAAAAAUUGGUCAUGAGAAAGGAAUACAAAAAUUCAAUAUUCAUCGUCGAAACUUCCGCUCACGAAAACAUUAAUAUCGAUCUUGCUUUUAUGCUCCUCGCUCAGACAAUCGAUAAAACUAAAAUACGUAGCAAAGUUGUACCAUUCGCUGAAGCUGCCAGAGCCCGUAAAGAACUUCUCGACAUGUCGACCGAGUCUCUGCAACGACUCGUUAGAAUACACGUUACCGACUACCGUGCACUCUGGUCACAAGCCUCCAAGAAACUUGGACAGCAUAAAGAAUUCACCAACUUCGUUGAAUUAUUCGGUAUCGAUGCUACUCAAAGAUUAUUUCGAAGACACAUAAAAAAACUCAAAGACGAACAAGUUGCUAAGAAAAUUCAGGGCUACCUCGAUAUGCUGCCGGAAAUACUUCACGAAAUUUGCCCGGAUAUUUCGAAUUUGAUAAACGAAGAGUGGUCAACUGUGCAGCAAUACAUAAAAGAACAUCCAGACUUUCAUCAACACUUUUACGAGUGUCCCGAGGAUAUAUCGUGGAUCGAUUAUGACUUUGGUGAAAAUAAUAGCACAAAGGUACCGUACGAUGUUCUGGAAACACCGGAAGCUGAGACCGUCUUUAAGAAUCACAUUAACGCUUUGCAACAAGAGCAAAGACGACUCGAACUCCCCAAAAGAUGGAAAAAACAGUUCAAACAAUUACUGGAGGAAACCGGUUACGUCACACCCGGCAAACAUUUGUCCGAGGUGAGAGUACUGUUCAUGGGUCGAGAGUGCUUCGAAGCUCUUUCCCAUCACGAUUGCCAGGAAAUUUAUGAUCAACAUCAAAAGGAAAUCAUUGAAAGAGCCAAACACAGUUUUCAAGAAUUGCUUUUGGAACAUGCCGACCUUUUUUAUCAUUUCAAAAGCAUAGCACCGUCGGGCACUAUCACGCAGGACGACAUCAAAGAAAUAACGGACGCGCUGCUUGACGACUUUAGAUAUAAGGCACUGGACAGACUCGAUCAAGACAGGAAGUUGAUGCUCUUCCAGCAUCUUGGUUUCGUGCAUUGUCCCAUCAGGGAACAUUGUCCAGCAUUUCCAAAUUGUAUGGACGCACUCAUAGAACGAAUACUCGGAACAAAAGCGCACAGACCUUCGUCAUGGAACCACAGCAGUCAGUGGCAAUUGACAUCGGACAACAAUCAAUUGAAUCUCGUGAUACUGGGCAGCAACGGACUCGGCAGCGAAUUUGCUCGAGAAAUUAAAACUCAAACGGAGGACGAUGAGGUCGAGAUCGAUUGUCAGCUGUACACACUCGGUUAUCGAGUUAUUGAUGGUGACGUUGGAUUGCCUCAUAACUCGUUUACAACUUCUGAUUUUAUGCCUCACGGCUCAUUCUGUAUCUACGCAAACGAGGAUUCUUUCGAAUAUAUUCGCUCCUCACUGGAGAAAACAUUGUUAUCAAAUUUGGAGCAAGAGGAUCGAUUACCUUUCCAAGGCUUACCGAUCGUGAUAAUGUUCGUACCCGAUGUGAAUAUCGAUGAAAUGGAAGCAAUACGCUUGAGAGAAGAAGGCCAGAGUCUCGCUGACAGCCUACAAUGCCCAUUCAUCGACGUUUGCAUCGAAGAUUUGGAACAGGACAAACGCUUCCCAACUCCUCUGGUCAAAGAUGCGCUACAACAGCUCAUCCAGUCGAUUAAUCAUCGUGCCGGCUUUCUCAAUAUUUAUCAGAGUGUUAUCGAGUGUCUCGAGCCUGAUAUAAGGAUAAUCAUGUGCAUGUUCUGCGGCGAUCCUUAUUCAGUGGAAAAUGUUCUCGGUCCUCUUUUGAGUCAUCAGUGUUGUUUUCUGAGCGGUGAAAAAUCCAUCGUGCUCGAAACUUUCCUGGGUGAAUCGAAGCGACGAGUUGAAGUCAUAAUAUCGAGUUUUCACGGAGCUAAUGCGUUCAGGGACGAGCUCGUGCAUGGUUUCAUUCUCGUUUAUUCGACAAAAAGAAAAGCUUCUCUCGCCACGCUCAACGCAUUUUCAAUGAACAUUCCCAAUCUGCCUAUACAAAUAAUGGCAGUCACAGACACCGGAGGUGCCAACGCAUUUUUCAGCAGCGAACUCAGUCAUUUGCUCAUUACCGAAGGAAACGCCACUGCUGAUAGAUUGCAGGCACAUUUUAUGACAUCUGCUUCAAGUUGCCAGCAGAAAACUGCAUUUUACACUCCCUUCUUCAAAGAGGUGUGGGAAAAGAAACCAGAAAUUGAGCAAGCUUUUAACAUGGAAGAACCUGGUAAUUUGAAUGACAGUGGCGAAGGUACUUUGGAGUAUUCGGCACUCCAUCCGAUGCCACCACCUCGGCACGAGAGUUACCAUCUUCAGACGCCGGAUGAUGGUAUGUCUGUAACUUUUAGGAGCGGUUCGGAAUCAUAUGAGCAGCUCACACCGGACGGUGAUCUUGGUGAGACCGGAUUGAACGAGCAGUUCGUCGACAACAGAGCAACACCGAGCGACGAUAGCGACAUUUACAGCCAGGUCGAUUUCCAUCGCGAGGAAAGGGAACGCGAAUUGCUCAAAGGAGGCGAUCUCGCCAACAAAUUAUCCGGUUGGGUCAAGGACACGUUCAUGCAUCAAGAUGGAGUGACAAACAGUUAUUCGCACAGGGCGUUCACAACGGGGAGACGACAUAUUUCGCAGACAAAGCCGAGACCAAAGGGAAACAGUCAGACGCUCAAGCAACCGGGUAAAAUAAAUCUUAAAGAUUUCUCGAACGUAACGGAUGCGAUAGCGCGUAUGACUAUCGGUGAAAAGGACGAGCACGCGUCGAAGAUGAGCCUCGGACACGCGCCACUCGCGAUACCGGAGCUUGUUGAUCUUGGCUCCGAGUACGCACACCCGAAGGACGUCGUAUCAAAUCUUUACUCCGGUUACGAUGGCGAAUAUACUUACGCACUUGUACAGGACUCGAUCGCUAACAACAAGUCCAAGUUGCGUCACAGACGCGAGAAGGGACAGCCGUCUUACAGUGACUCGGACUCGGAGUGGAGUUCAUUGGAGAGACAGAGGGUGGCUGAUGUGAUUGGUAUGUCGGAGAAAAAACCAGCGAGUUAUAGACGCACGCGUAAGAAACGUACGGCCAUUCCAGUGGCAACGCCAAAAGUACCGUCGUUAGCAAGCAUGGGAAGUGGCGAUGGUAUAGUCGGUCUAAAUUAUAGCCUUAAAGAAGACAAGAAUUGGCGAAUCGAUCCCACCGAAAGAAUAUCCAGUGAAACUCCGGAUAGCUCAGAGUCCAGCGAACCGGAACACGCUACCAGACCAAGAUCGAAACAGAAUAAACAUGCUGCGGUUAGUUUGAGGAAACGAUUCGGAAAUUCUCUCCAACACCAACAUUUGGCAGCCACGCUGCAGCAUCCCUUCAACCUCAAGCAUAUGACCCAGGAAAUGUUCAGUGCUGCUUCAAGGCAGAGGAGUGACAAUACAUUCGGUAACAUUCCAGAUGAUGAGUCGAGUCUAGACGUCUCUUCACCGAGGGAGAUAAACUCACCCAGUUUUGGUAUCCUGACCAAGGGAAAAGAUCUCGAGAAGCUAUCGAGAAAAAAGGACAAGCAAAAGGCGAAGGAGGACGAGAAACUGGAGAAACGUAGACAGAAAGAAGAGAAGCUCAAAAAAAAUGCUGAAAAAGAGAAAGAGCGUGAGAAAAAGAAACAAGACAAAAUCAAGCAGACGAAGGGCAACAGCGGCGGAACUAUUUCGGGACAAUCGCAACAGUCGCUCAUCGAAGACUUCGCUCAAAGUGAUACCAAUCGGAUACCACUUUUUCUCGAAAAAUGCGUACAUUUCAUUGAAGAUGAAGGUCUCGACUCUGAAGGCAUCUACAGGGUUCCUGGCAAUCGCGCUCAUGUAGAACUGCUCUUUCAAAAAUUCGAAGAAGAUGGCAAUGUGGACAUACACUCUUUAGACAUUCCUGUGAACGCUGUAGCAACGGCACUAAAAGACUUCUUUUCCAAGAGGCUGCCUCCGCUCAUCGACAAAGAACGGAUGUCCGAGCUCGAGGACAUUUCUGGUGCUCGUGGUAUCAGCAAACCCAUGUCGGCGACUUGCAUGAAUAUGGAAGAUCGAAGUUGCAGAUUACUCGCUCUCCGACUUAUGCUCAACAAACUUAAUCCAGUCAACUUCGACGUUCUUAAAUUCAUCUUUCAACAUUUCGUCAAAGUCGCCGAGAAUUGCAAAUUGAACAGUAUGGAUAGCAAAAAUUUGGCAAUUUGUUGGUGGCCGACGUUGUUGCCGAUCGAGUUUAACGAUCUUGGAAGGUUCGAGGCGAUGAGGCCGUACCUGGAAGACGUAGUUCAAACGAUGAUAGACCAAUAUCCAUUCCUAUUUUGCGACAAGGAAGCGAUUGUCAUGGUUUAGUGACGAAAUACGAAGGAAUAGAAUCACUGGGUGAGUCGCGUCUCGAAAUGUUGAGUGAGGACUUCUGAUCGGUGUGUAAAGGAGAGAAGAAAAUGGAAAAGAGAGAAGCGAAAACCCAACAAAAUGGAGAAACAUAAAUCGCGAGGAAACUCGGAGUUAUUUGUCAGAAAAAUUCCAAAGUUUCAUAGGGACAAAAGUACUCCGAGAACGGGAAGCAAAAACGAGAUUUUUUUAAUAGCUGUUAAUUAACAAUCACGCAUAGUGCUUGGUCCUUUAUCAUAAAAAAAAACAAACAAACAUAAAUACGAUUAAAACGAAACGACUCGAAGGGGAGAAAAGAGAGAAAAAAAACAAAGUUUCGCACCUACGGAUUUUGUACGACUGACCAACUUUGAAAAAAUUCGCGUCGCCAGUCAAUAGCGAUGGAUAUUUUAUCAUUUUAAUUAUCCUCUAUUAUAUCCUCUCGGUAAUUCGGGAACAAGAUUUUCGACAUCGAGAGUUCUUAAUCAUGCGUCGAUUGUAUAAUGGAGAGUCAAUCCAUAAGUGUCAUAGAGAAAAGUGAAAAAACGAAACGGAAUGAGAAAGGGGAAAGCCAAGGGAAAUGGUAUAAGUGUCAUGUUGGAUGUAUCGGGUAAAACAAACGACCUAUUUAUUAUUGAUAUGCAAAUAUUGGCAAGCGUAUAGCAAGUAAGCGCGGUCGAGAGUAUAUCGUUGUAGCUUUAUUUGUCUUUUUGUCCUUUUUCUUUCGUUUAUACUUUUUAUUUGCGGUGAAAAGGCAAAUGAAAGACAGUCGCAUAAAUAUGAGUGGAAAUGGGAACUGUCAUUUGACUCGUCACGUUUUACGGGGGUUUGUUCAAAAGUAGAACAAAAACAGAAAAUAUCUUGUCGUAGAUUACAAGGAAACGGACAGAAACUUGUAGAAAUCCUCUCAAAAAAUGCUUCUUUUUAUACGUAGAGAAUUAAUUGUUGCAGGGAUCAAAUAUUAGUCGUCUCAUACCCUGGAAACAAAAAUCAUGGCCAUGUAAAUAAAUUUUUGAGAUGUUCCUCGCCCAUUAUCGUCACAAAACAAGCGAACAAAACUUUGAAAACAUUAUUUAUAAUUUUUAUCAUUCAAAUCAUGUUUUUUUUUGUAAGAUCUGCUAUUUUUACGAUUUUUUAGAAAAACGUGGUCUGUCUGUCCGAUUAGUGCCAUAGUUUGUAAAACGUCAGAUUAAGAAAAAAUAAUUGGAAAAAACUUGAAAAAGUUAUUGCGACCCAAGGCCAUUUUAUUCGUGCCGUAGACGCGCGUUCGAUUUCUUCGAAAUCAUCGCUUUCCUUUCGAAUUAUUAAGAAAUAUUUCGAACCAACCAGGCAGCACAAUCUCGAUAUUGAGCCCGAUUAUUUACAACAAAUAGCUGAUAGAAGAGAAAACAAUUUCCAUGCGCUUUCGGGAAUCUCGCGUAUCCGUCGAUUGGAAAAUGAAUAUUUCAAAGAAAAAAGAUAAAACAGUAGGGAAGAAACCGUGCUUGAGACGCUCUGCAGAGCUUUGCAAUGUGUCACAGUUACUAUUAUAAUGAGAAAAAAGAAAAAAAAAAUGAGAAAAAAAAUCAUGAAAAUUGAGAAAGAGAAUAAGUGAUGGUGAAAAUGUCACGAAUUUUUUCGAUUCAGUAAGAGAAAAAGAGAAAGAGAGAUGAUAAGGAUUUUUGGAGAGUUGAAUCUCUCUUGACUCGAUCGCUCAAAUCCCCUAGACACCCCCACAUCCGUUUAGCCAUAACGAGAUUUUAUACAUUCGUACGUAAUGUAAUAUUUGUGUAACGUUGUAAACAGUGAGAGGUUGAAGAACGAGAUAAACGUGAGUAUUGUCCUCGAGCCGUGAGAUUAUUUCGCCGAAAUCGAAUGAAGACAUGAAACAUACAAACAAACAAACAGACAAACAAACAAAACCAGGAUCAUGACAGACAUGGUGGGGUUUUCAAAAUGAAGGAAAUAAUAAUAAUUAAAAAAAAAAAAAAAAAAAAAA